AAGGUCCUCACGAACUUGCAGUAUCUCUCACAUCAUGUCGCUCCAGAUCUUUUGCCGAAACCAGCGUGCGAGAUAGUAUUUUUUUAUAUAUAUAUAUUUACUCGUUCCAUAUGAUUCAGAGCAAAGAUGGAGAACCAGAAUGCUUUCAUUGCUCAAGAAGGUGGUGAAAUGGGACGUGAUGGUCAUGCUGCGUCGUCUCCGGGGGUGCGAUUGAAUGUUCAGGAUAAGCAUGUGGUAAUGGACAAUGGCAUGGUCAAAGUGACGAUAGCGAAACCAGAUGGAUUCGUCACCGGGAUCAAAUACAAUGGCAUCAGCAAUUUGCUCGAAGUUCGUAACGAGGAAUUCAAUAGAGGGUACUGGGACCUCGUGUGGAGUGAAGCAGGAAGUACUGGCACGACGGGCACUGAUGAUAGGAUGGAGGCGACGAAGUUCAACGUGAUAGUGGAGAACGACGAGCAGGUGGAGAUAUCGUUCACGAGGGCGUGGGAUUCCUCGAAAGAGGGCAAGAUGGUUCCCCUCAAUAUUGACAAAAGGUACGUCAUGCUUCGGAACUGCUCAGGAUUCUACUCCUAUGGAAUCUACGAGCACUCAGGGGAGUGGCCUGCUUUCAACCUUCCCCAGACCAGGAUCGUCUUCAAGCUCAGGAAGGAUAAGUUUAAGUACAUGGUGGUGGGAGAUGACAGGCAGAGAUACAUGCCCCUUCCUGACGAUCGAGUGCCCGGCAGAGGGCAGCCCUUGGCCACUCCUGAAGCCGUUCUUCUCGUCAAUCCUGUCGAACCGGAGUUCAAAGGCGAGGUGGAUGACAAGUACCAGUACUCAUGCGAGAACAAAGAUCUCCAGGUUCACGGGUGGAUAUGCUUCGACCCUCCGGUGGGAUUCUGGCAAAUAACGCCGAGCAACGAGUUUCGCUCCGGCGGACUUCUCAAACAGAACCUUACCUCCCAUGUCGGCCCCAUUACCCUCGCCAUGUUUCUGAGCGCUCACUACGCCGGAGAGGACCUGGUGAUGAAGCUCGCACCGGGCGAGCCAUGGAAGAAAGUCUUCGGACCCGUGUUUUUCUACCUUAACUGCGUGCCGGAAACCGACGAUCCACUCAAGCUCUGGGUCGACGCUAAGGAACAGAUGUUGAGCGAAGUCCAGAGCUGGCCUUAUGCCUUCCCAGCCUCGGAGGAAUACCAGACUUUAGACCAGCGGGGCUAUGUCAGUGGGAGGCUUAUGAUUCGAGACAGGUACAUCAAUGAUUCCUUAAUCCCUGCGAACGGGGCAUACGUGGGACUAGCACCUCCGGGCGAUGUCGGAUCGUGGCAAACAGAAGUCAAGGGUUAUCAAUUUUGGACGAAAGCCGACUCGGAUGGUUACUUCUCAAUCAAUAACGUGCGGACCGGCGACUAUUGCAUCUAUGCAUGGGCACCCUGUUAUGUCGGAGAUUAUCGGAAUGACAGAGCGAUCACUAUAACAUCAGGUUGCCAAGUUGAUGUGGGGGAACUUGUGUACGAGCCUCCUAGAGAUGGGCCGACCUUGUGGGAGAUUGGAAUCCCGGAUCGUUCCGCGGCAGAAUUCUACGUGCCCGACCCAGAUCCGAAGUACAUCAACAAGCUCUAUCUCAAUCAUCCUGACAAGUUUAGGCAAUAUGGAUUGUGGGAGAGAUACACUGAACUAUAUCCCGAUAGCGACUUGAUCUAUACGGUCGAUGCUAGUGAUUAUAGAAAAGAUUGGUUCUUCGCACAAGUUCCCAGGAAGAUUGAUGAUACCACGUACCAAGGAACGACAUGGCAAAUAAAGUUCAAACUCGACGAUGUUCGUCCGUCCGAGACCUACAAGCUGCGUUUGGCGUUGGCCACGGCCAAUGUAGCACAACUAGAAGUUCGAGUCAAUGACCCGCAAGCGGAUCCUCCCCUGUUCUCGACCGGCGUGAUCGGGCACGACAACACGAUCGCCAGGCACGGGAUUCACGGGCUCUACCGCUCCUAUGCCGUCGACGUGCCCGGAGGCCAGCUCGUCGCCGGGGACAACACCGUGUUCCUCUCCCAAACCAUGAGCAUGGGUCCUCUCCAGGGAAUCAUGUACGACUACAUCCGUUUCGAAGGCCCUCCCCAUCUCCGAAUGACAAGGAAGGACGCCGAAUCCUAGACCCGCUCCAGAAAUUCCUACGUGCUUGACGACAUUGUGGCAUUGUGCGUAUCGCAUAACAGGGUCGCUUGUACAAAUUUUCAUCACUUUAGUCGAAACAUAGAAUUUCUCCAUUAGCCUUCUUUGCCACCAAAGAG